AUGGAGGCGACCGAGGACGAGGUGAUGGUGGUGGACGUGGACGAGGCGAUGGAUUUGGACGUGGAAGAGGUGAUGAUGGGUUUCGAGGAAGAGGCGAUGGAUUCGGGCGUGGUCGAGGUGAUGGUGGAAGAGGCAGAGGCGGAGGAGGAGCUCCAUUUCGAGGUGGCCGAGGCGGUGCCCCGCCGCAAUCCUGAUGGUGGUGUUCCUGCACCCGACAAGAUCGUGGCAAAGACCGAAGACGCCCUUCUGUCCGGCAAGGGAGUUGAUCCCAGCACUCUGGGCCUGAAAGAAGCCUUUCCUCGUCGACCAAACUAUGGAACAAAGGGAGCAGAAGUGGUGCUCUGGGCAAAUUAUGUUGCCUUGACGGCAUCUCCUAAGCUUGUUCUCUACCGAUAUGACGUCUCAGUUACCCCGGCCGCCACUGGGGGAAAGCUGACACAGAUCAUUCACCUGGUGCUAGAGGCAUCGGAGCUGGCGGCUUAUAACCACGACAUCGUUAGCGACUUCAAGUCUACUCUCAUCUGCCGGCAGAAGUUUGCCGAUUUGACAAUCACGGUACCGUAUCGAAAAGAAGGGGAAGAAGAGCCACGUGCCAAUGCCACCAAAUACAAUGUGAAGCUUCAACUUACCAAUACUUUGGCAACUUCGGAGCUGAUAGGAUACCUCACUUCAACAAACCCAUCAGCCCAAUACGAAGAGAAGCUGCCUCUUAUCCAAGCGUUCAAUAUUUUCAUCAAUCAUUAUGCCAAGUCAUCCAACAACCUCACCGCUGUUGGAUCGUCAAAGACCUUUGCUUUGGGAGCAGAUGCUGAUACCUGGGAUCUUGGCAACUGUCUCACAGCCAUGCGCGGCUUUUUUGCGAGUGUUCGUGCGGCAACAGCUCGCGUGCUUGUCAACGUCAACCCUACCCAUGCUGCGUUCUUUCAGGAAGGCCCCCUCGAACAAUUCGUAAAUCGCCUUGGCAGCUUUCGAAGGAGUGCUUACGAGCAGCAGAGGUUUCUAAAGAAGAUCAAGGUCAGGACUACUCACUUGAAGGACAAGCUGGAUAAGCAGGGUAGGCCAAUACCGCGUAUCAAGACGAUUCAUGGCUAUGCCACCAAGAAUGACGGCCAUGGUCAUGAACACCCUCCUAGAGUGAAAGCGUUGGGAAGUGGACCGAAAGAUGUUGAGUUCUGGCUCGAAGCACCGCCCCAGAAAGGCCAGUCUCAAUCUACCUCUGCAUCUGGCGGAAAGAAAAAGGGCGGCAAAGGCGGCAACCCACCAAGCGUGGCCGGAUCGGUCGCAGGACAGUAUAUCUCUGUCUAUGAUUUCUUCGUCAAAACUUACAACAUCCGUAUAAACGACCCAAGGCUACCAGUCGUCAAUGUUGGGAAUACAGAAAAUCCAACCUACUUGCCAGUCCAAGUGUGCCACGUACUGCCUGGCCAGCCUUCCAAUUCAAAGCUUGACCCGUCCCAGACCCAGCAAAUGAUUAGAUUUGCUGUCAAGCGGCCGGCCGAAAAUGCUACGUUUAUUGUCUCGCGGGGACUGCAAACAGCUGGCUUAUCUUCUCAAGUGAACCCCUUGUUGAGCCAAUUCGGAAUUAAUGUCUCGCCAGGCCUCAUCACUGUGCCAGGCCGCGUUCUUAUGGGACCAAAGGUCGGCUAUGGCCAGAAUCAACAGGUAUCAACGUUUGGGGGCAGUUGGAAUCUGGUACCAAGAAACGCCCCAAGCCUAAAAUUCAGCACCUGCGGCAGCGUGCAGAAGUGGUCUUGCGUCUACAUCGAGAUGCCCGACUACCCAAGAGCCCAGCAUUUCACUUCCGAUGCCCUUGGCAAUAUCGUACAGAGCUUCCACAGGGUCCUGCAAGACACAGGUAUCACCGCUAGCGCGCCGCUACUUCCAUUUCAAAGACUGCAGCUCAAUGACACAGACGACGCUCAGCUCGAGGCUUUGUUCAAGCGUGCUGCAUCGUCCUUACAGCUGCUCUUUGUUGUCCUGCCUGCGACCCCCAUUCCACUCUAUAACCGUAUUAAACUUCUGGGCGAUGUCAAGUAUGGUGUCCAUACCAUCUGCAGCGUUGGUUCGAAAAUUGCCAAGCCUAAUGGUCAAGAUCAAUACCUUCGAAACCUGGCACUCAAAUUUAACCUGAAGCUGGGUGGCAACAACCAUCUCGUCGAUCCUUCGCGCCUGGGGUUUAUUUCAGAAGACAAGACCAUGAUUGUAGGCAUUGAUGUAACUCAUCCGUCUCCGGGCUCGAAGGGUGCUCCUAGUGUAGCCGGUAUGGUUGCUAGUGUAGAUCGGUGGCUCGGCCAGUGGCCUUCGGUCCUCAGCAUCCAGAAAAGCCGCAAGGAGAUGGUUACGGAGCUUGAUAUAAUGCUGAAAUCGCGCCUCGAAUUAUGGCGUAAGAGGGGCAAACACACUGCAUUCCCGGAGAAUAUUAUAAUCUACCGCGAUGGCGUCUCAGAAGGCCAAUACCAGACAGUGUUGGAUGAGGAGCUGCCGCUGAUACGCGCGGUUUGUAAACAGGUUUACCCGGUUGCUGAUCAAAAGAAGGGUUUGCCUCGCUUGACUAUUGCUGUUGUGGGAAAGCGCCACCAUACACGUUUCUAUCCCACUGCAGCCUCUGACGCUGACAACUCGGGCAACACUAAAUCUGGCACCGUCGUCGACCGAGGCGUGACAGAAGCCCGCAACUGGGACUUCUUCCUUCAGGCACACACAGCGCUACAGGGAACCGCACGGCCAGGGCACUACUAUGUCGUGUUGGACGAGAUUUUCCGGCAGAAAUAUGCAAAGACGCCGGGCAAGAACAUAGCGGACGAGUUCCAGGAUCUGACUCAGAGCAUGUGUUACAUAUUUGGCCGAGCCACCAAGGCCGUGAGUUACUGCACGCCGGCGUACUAUGCGGAUAUUUUGUGUGAGCGAGCGCGGUGCUAUCUCAGUCACUUGUUUGACUCGCCGAGCAACUCAGCGGCACCGUCGGUGGCAGAGGGUGCGGAGGGAGGCCAUGCGGCAUCUGGGCAGGACGUGCAGAUUCAUGAGAGGCUGAGGGAUAGUAUGUUUUACAUUUGA